AUGACGGAUUACGGCAAGCUGAAGGUGACAGAGCUAAAGGAAGAGCUCAAAAAGCGCAGCAUUCCCCUUACAAAAUUGAAAGUAAAGCAAGACUAUAUCGACCGGCUCUUGGAAGCAGACGCCGCUGACAAAGCAUCGAACAGUCCGGCGGCGACAACGACGGUUGGUGACCAAGCCACUUCUGCGCCGAACGUUGCAGCGCAAGAUGAUGACAAGGCAGCGGCAGAAGAAGCCGCACCGAGCCAGAAGGAUGAAGUAGUGGAUGACCAACCAGCAACAGAGAACGUACAAGUCUCAGAGGGUGGCCCGGGAAAAUCAGCAGCAGACAGGGACGGUCCGAACGAAAAGAACGAUGUUGUAGACGCCGAAUCCCAGUCCAUACCCGCCACGGCGUUUCAGGACACUAUCAUGAUGUCUGCGCCAUCAGCCACACCUGUCGAAGAUCGAACCAGCGAGCCUCAGUCACAAAUAACAGAAGCUGCCGGCAAUGUGCGGGAUUCAUCAUCCGCAGGACCCACAGAGCAGCCUACCUCACAUUCGAGCUCAGGUCGUGUCAAUACUCCGCAGUCGCAAUUGGCUCGCGCGUCCACGACGAGCACGCCGUCAUCUGGCCCAGUUCCAUCCGCCGAGUUUCUUGAGGACUCUAGAAAGCGGAAACGAAGAAGCUUCACACCGCCUCCUUCCACCGACGAAGUGGCUCAGAAAAGAGCCAAGGCUGGCGAUGGAAGUCCCAGAAGCACUCCGAAGGAGGAGUCUACCGCGGGAGAUGUAUCUCAGCCGCCAGAAGAUGUCGUUAGUAAUGGUCACGAGCUCCAAGAGAGGGCCAUGGAGGAAGCCCCACGGAUAGAAGAGGGUGUUUAUUCACAAUCGCAGGUUCAACCAUCAGAGCGAGAUCGAAAAGUAGAGCACAAGGUUGGGCGCAGCUCAGCAAGCCGCUCGCCUAUACGUCGAGCGCGCUCCCAGCAGGAAGACGAUCACCUGCCGGACGCCAGGCAAGAGGAACAGCGCUCACUACCUAAGUCAACUGCUCGUUCGAAACCCCACUCACCGAAUCUACUCAAGCGACGUUCACCUUCACCACCGAAACUCCCUACUAACGAAGAUCGUGUUGUAACACCGGCGUUACAUGCAGCAACAUCUUCUCUCUACAUUCGCAACUUCAAGCGGCCUCUGCAUAUACCUUCCUUGCGAUCCCACAUUUCUGCCGUGGCUGCCUCGCCGAAUACAGACGCUACCAACGACUCUAUAACAUCGUUCUACCUUGACAGUAUCCGAACACACGCCUUUGUGGCGUUCGGUUCGAUUGCUGCUGCGUCGCGCGCGCGUUCUGCCCUACACGACUCGCGCUUUCCAGAUGAAAAAACUAGAGAACCACUUUGGGUUGAUUUUGUGCCUGAUGAAAAGGUGGAAGAGUGGAUUGAGACAGAGCAACAGGCCACUGGGGGUGGACGAAUAGGGCGACGAUGGGAGGUUGUGUAUGAAGAUUCUCCCGACGGUGUCGGAGCUGUUCUGCAAGAGGUUGGUAGUAGUUCGACAUCCAGACUUGCAGCACAGAGAAGAACUUCAACAUCGAUAGACCGGCGAGAACCAGACGUUUCUGGUACAAGCGCUACGAUAGCAGGAGUACAUCCCGAUCGCGCAAGGCUGGUACCGUCCGAGGAUAACGUACCUCAAAGAAGAGUAUCAACGUUGCCACAAGAGCAGCGGCCUGAACAGACUGGUACAGGGUUCAGAGCCCUUGAUGACUUGUUUCCGUCCACUACAGCAAAGCCAAAGCUUUACUACAAACCGGCUGAUCCUCGCAUCGCAGAAGAACGCUUAGACAUGAUCAAAGAUCUGAGAAGUCUGGCUGGAGCCAAAAGUGGCGAUCCAGACAUGAAGCGAUACUCUUUCGAGCUUGAUAGGGGCAGGGAGGAAUGGGUGGAUAAAGGACCGGAAUUUGGGUUUGGGCCGAGAGGCCGAGCAGUCGAGAGAGGGACCCGAGGUGUGUACCGGGGUAGGGGCGGUAUUGGUCGUGGGAGCGAUACUUGGAGGUCGGGAGGCAGGUACUGA